GCACAAUUUAGAUUGGCUCGCAGGUGUAUCUGCUAGAACAAGGUACACCUUUUGUGUGACAUGAAUGGAACCAUCUCACUCCAAUGGCUAGUAUCACAUGCAGGAUGAGCCACCUGCCUGCCGACGUCAUGGCUGGCGGUUCGCCAACCACCCAUGUCGGAAUAGCAAUAUAUAAAUCAAGAGCAGAAGGCGAGUGAUUCCUGUUCAAACUUUGAUCUAUCAAGUCUCUCUAUACUCAUACAACUCAUCACUAUCACUUCUUGAAGAUCCUACAAUGGCUUUCGGAGAUGACAAGAAUUCUGGUGUUGCUGGAGGUGUGACUGCUGUUACUUCCACAGUUGGCAAUGGAGUUGGUGGUCUCCUAGGAACUGUUGGCGGUGUGACUGGGGCAGCGGCCAGAGGAAUUGGUGGUACUGUGACUGGAGUCACAGGCAACGCUGGAAAGCCGCUCGGCGAUGCUUUGACUUCGCUCGGAAAUGGUGUAGAAGAUGGAACCAACAGUAUCAAGAAGGGUGUAGAGUCAGCUGGUCAAGGCAAGAAAGCCUGGUAGAGAGAAGCGACCACGGAGUCUUCUCUCUUCAUGAAUCAUGACUUUCUUUAUGUCUCGAAUACCACUCUGAUUGUUCAAUACCCA